AACUGUUUAUUCGGCCUUCAACUGUUAUGUGCCGACAAAGAACAAAAUAAUAAUUUUAACAUUUCAUUUAUUUUCAGUCUUAAUGUAAUUAUUAACAUAGAACAUCGUAUGUUGGUUUUUAUGUGUGAUAAAACUUAAUAUUUCACAUAUUCGAUGCUAGCGCGAGGUUGCUGAAUAUUUCAAGGGUUUACUAAACGGGCACAUAACAAACAAGUGACAAUAAUAAUGGCGUCUUUGUUAUUUAGGUGGAGCGGUUAUGUCGUCCAAAAUCUUCAGGUGUUUAAUUUACAGGUACAGCCGGUGCGCACCAAGUAUGCCGACUGGAAGAUGAUACGAGACUUGAAGCGCCGCCGGACGGUGAAGCAGUACGCCGUCGAGAAACUGCGCGUCAACUCGUUGCGUAAGAACGACGUUCUGCCGUACGAGAUACGGGAGCUGGCGUCCCAGGACAUCGCCGCGAUGCCACUCAACGCGCACCUGACGCGCACGCACAAGCGGUGCGCGGUGACGUCGCGCGCCAGAGGGCUGGUGCACCGCUGGAGGCUCAGCCGCAUCGUGUGGCGCCACCUCGCCGACUACAACAAGCUGUCGGGCGUGCAGCGCGCCAUGUGGUAGCGCCCCUCCGUGCCUGAUGGCACCGCCGCUGUGACGCCUAGUGCGAGCCGAUGAAGUUUGUGUACUUACAAUAUUCAACCAGUGCGAAAUACUCCAAAAAAAAAAAAUGUUGGAAUUCCUUCAAGUGCUCCAUACCCUGUUUUUAUUCAUGUUCAAAUCUGGGCUAAAUUGGUGCUCAAACCACAGAAAUAAUUUUUAUAAAACACAGUUGCACUAAAAAAAAAGCAAAUGGUUUUACUAAACAAAAUAAUAUUUGGAAUCAUAAAAAAAAAUGUAUACAAAGUUUUGUUGUUAAUUAUAUGUAAGAUAUUAGAUGAA